AUGGGCGACGUGUCUUCGACCCGACUCUAUCUGGGAAAUCUCCCGCGCAAUGCCACCAAGGCCGAUGUCGAGAACCACUUUGCCAGCCAUGGAACUGGUGAGAUCACCGAGAUCAAGCUCAUGAACGGCUUCGGCUUCCUCGAGUACAAGGACGCCAUGGACGCCCGCGACGUCGUUCCUGCCUUCCACGGUUCCGACUUUAUGGGCGAGCGCCUCGUCGUUCAGUUCGCUCGUGGAUCUACUCGUCCUCGCGAGUACGGUCACUCUGAGCAGCGCGCCCCUCCUCGUCCGCGCCGUACUGUCCACCGCAUGUCCAUCUCUGGCCUUCCUUUCGAAACCAGCUGGCAGGAUCUCAAGGACUUUGCUCGCCAGCCUGGCCUUGACGUUGUCUACUCUGAAGUUGGACGUGACCGCGAUGGCAGCGGUAACGGAAAAGGUUUUGUCGAAUACGAGACCGCUGCCGACUUGGUCUCUGCCGUGGAGAAACUAGACGGACAGGAGUUCAAGGGAGCCACUGUCCGCUGCAUUUCUGAUACUCAGUCCGAGAUUCCUCGUAUGCCACCCCCGCCUCCUCGCGACCACCGUUACCGCUCACGCUCGCCUCCCCACCGUCGUGGCGGCGGUGGCUACGGCGCACCUCCAAUGGAUGACUACUACGACCGUAGAGGUCCUCCCCGUGGCGCUGGUGGUUACAGUCCUCGUCGUGACGACGGCUACCGCCGUAGAAGUCCUCCACCUCGCUACUAUGACGACCGUAGGGAUCCCUACGCUCGCUCUCCCCCACCCCGCGCUCGCGGCCCUCCAGUUGACGACUACCCACCGCCCAGAAGCCGCGCCUAUCCUGCUGAUGAUGGCUAUGGUGCACCUCCUCCGGCACGCCGUUACGAGGCCGACCCUUACGCCAACGGCCAUGGCAGAGAGCCAAGAGAGCCCAGGGAGCCUAGAGAGCCCUACGGCCGUCCUCCCAGCCCUCCCCCGAGACGCGAGCGUGGCUACGACGCUGGUUAUGACCGUAGACCUUACUGGUGA